CCGCGGCAUCACUGCGUCCGCAGCCUCCACUCGUGUAGUAUCCCCCCCUUUUAUUUCGACUGAGCGCGAUGAAGACCCUGUCGUGCGUGGUGGUCCUCGCCGCCCUGGCGUCUGCGGCCCUGGCCGCCGAGGAGGCCGCAAAGUCCGAGGCCCAGGCGACGCAGCCCGAGCAGGCUGCCGCCGCCCCCGAGGACAAGAAGACCGACAAGCGGGGCGUCGCCGGCCUCGGCUACGGGAUCCCCAUCUCCAUCGGGCACGGCUCCGCCGGCUACGGCCACGGAAACGUGCUGAUGCUGAGCGGCCUCGGUCACGGCCUCGGUCAGGGCUACGGCACCCCCAUCCUGCUGUCCGGCCUGAACGGCGCCCACGCCACCCAUGCCAUCCUGCUGGCUGCUCCCCACGGCCUCGCCGGCCUCCAGGGACUUCAGGGCCUCCAGGGCUACCAGGGCAUCCAGAGCUACCAGGGCCUGCAGGGUCUGCACGGCCUCUCCGCCCUGUCGCUUGGAGGUGCGUCGCUGCGACAGAACUACGGCCACGGCCCACAGACCCUCGUGCUGACCAAGGCCGUGCCCUACUCCAUCCCCCAGCCCGUGCCCGUGACCAUCACCAAGCAGGUGCCGUACCCGGUCAAGGUGGCCGUCCCCUACCCCGUCGACAGGCCUUACGAGGUCCCGGUCCCCAAGCCCUACACCGUCGAGGUCAAGCGACCUGUCCCCGUGCCCGUCGAGAAGCCCUACCCCGUUGAGGUCAAGGUUCCCGUCAAGGUGCCCGUUCCCCACCCCUACCCCGUUGAGAUCGCCAAGCCCUACAAGGUUGCCGUCGAGGUGCCCAAGCCCUACAAGGUGCCCGUCAAGGUGCCCGUCUACGUGAAGGAGCACCAGCACCACGAAGAGCACUACAGCAGCCCAUCCGAGUCUUACGGACCUCCCUCCGAGUCGUACGGUUCUCCAUCAGAAUCGUACGGACCCCCCUCGGAGUCCUACGGCCACUCCGGUCCUUCAUACGGACCCCCCAGCCACACCAGCGACUCGAGGUACGAGCACGCCAGCUCCAGCUACAGCGAGGACUCCCACCACUACUGAGCCUAGUCCGCCCUUCAUCACCUUCAUCCUCAUCACCUUCAUCACCAACACAUCAUUGUUUUGUUGACUAUUUUAUUAUUUUUGUUGACUACUUGUGUAAAUAAAUCAAUUAUUUUGUAGAAAAAAUA